CUGAAAUAAAAACUACAACUCGCUUCUGCGCGAGUCAAACUAACCGAAGUAUUUAUUAAUUUACUCGACCAGCUUCAGCUCUGGAAGGAAGGAAUAAGGACCAAAACGAGAACAACUAGCUCAUUGAGAGAGGACUGAACAGCCAAUCACAGGACAGGACACUAGAUCUCCAUGGUAACCGCGGAUCGUUUGGGGAAGGGCAGGUGUUUGUUGUUUCCAGGUGAAGAUUAGACGUGUCGUCUUUUGAAAAAGGAACUCUGCGUGGUCAGUGAUGGCUGGGACGGCCAGAAAAGAUCGAGAGAUGGCGAUGAACGCCAAGCGCCAGCUGUCGGAGUGCUCGGACCCGGUGGAGAGACUCCGGCUGCAGUGUCUGGCUCGAGGGUCGUCUGGGAUCAAAGGGCUGGGCAGAACCUUCAAAAUAAUGGAUGAUGACAACAGCCGCUCCCUGGACCUGAAGGAGUUCCUGAAGGGUUUGAGUGAUUACGGGGUCCCGAUUGAGAAGAAAGAAGCCACGGAUCUUUUUCAACUCUUUGACAAGGACGGGAGCGGGACCAUCGACUUUGACGAGUUUCUCCUUACGUUGAGGCCAGAGAUGUCGAAGGCCAGGAAGGAGGUGGUGAUGGAGGCAUUUCGGAAGCUGGAUAAGACAGGUGACGGGGUGAUCACUGUCGAAGACCUGCAAGGGGUUUAUAACGUCAAGCAUCACCCCAAGUAUCAGAACGGGGAGUGGACAGAGGAUCAAAUCUUCAGGAAGUUUCUGGACAACUUUGACUCUCCGUAUGACAAAGAUGGAAAGGUGACCAAAGAAGAGUUCGUCAACUAUUACAGCGGCGUCAGCGCCUCCAUCGACAGCGACGUCUACUUUAUUCUUAUGAUGAAAAACGCCUGGAAGCUCUGACUCGCGUCAAAGAACGAGAAAACUUGUUAAAAAAAAAUCCAAGAAAACAGAUAAAAUGCCUUUAUUACAUCUGGCACAUCCAGACUAGAAUAACAUAUAAAAAAAAUCACUUCAACACGUUUCAGUGUCCAGUUUUGUUUUAAUGAAGUACAAUGAAGGCAUUUUGGCUUUUUUUCAAAAGACAAGUGCCAGUUUAUAACAACGAAAAACCGAAGAAGUGAAUCAAAAAGUCUUUGUGAAAAUAAGACGGCACGUGCGGAGCCAGAAGUUGUAAACAUUCGGGGCUCAGCCCAAACCUGGUCCUGGGGUCCUGGUGUAGCAGGUGUGUACUCUCUCUCUCUCGUUACUCUUCGUUGGCUAUCACAGCCGUUUAUUCUGAUAAAUAGCAGAAUAGUGUCUCACAAUCACAUUUGUCACUAUAAAGAGCUCCAGUUAGCUAAAAUGAAAACAGAAAUUAUUCAGUUUAUUGUUGCCACAGUUGUAUCAUAAAAGCUAAGCCUCAACCAGACUAGCAAGCUAGCACAGCGUAGUGACCUUUUUCAUUUAAUCUAAAACAAAAGAAACAAAACCAAAUUGGUCUCUAAUAUAAAAUGUGAGACCUCCCGUGUGGAUAUACUACAUGCAUACUAAACAUAUCACAAUGAACACAUUUACCUAACUAUAACAGUGGGGCUCAGUAUAUGUGACUUACCAUGAGACAGGCUACAGCAGACUGGUGAUGGUGUGUAGGAAUCUACCCUAAAGUCUGCAGAAUAGCACCAGUAGAUGGCGCUCAUGUUACAGAAAAAGCCUGUAUCAUAUGGAAACUACUGGCCAAAUGAAAAGUUACCUUUUAAUGGCAAGUGGAAUUACUAACUCCGCUACACUGGGACAUUGUUUCCCAUUUACAGCAGCUAUUUGGACUAUUUUUCAAGCCAUUUGAUAACAUGCCUAAAGAUCUGUACAUCAUUUGGGAAUAAAACAUGAUAGUUGCCAAGGAAAAACUGCAUUUGAUUAUGACAACAAAAGUGUGCAUGUCUGUAAAGAGGAGAUUUGUGGGUACUCAGAGAACCAUUUUCAUUCACAUAACUGGAGGUCAGACGUCAACUGACCCCUUUGCAAAAUGUUUUUUUCUCUCAACAAAAUGUGGCCUAACUUUGGAGCCACCUUCCCAACAAGCUAGCAGUUAUUGGUUUUAUUUAUAUAUAUUUAGUUAUUAGGACAAUGCACAAUAAUCAACGUUUCUGUAAAUGGCUAAUUUACUAAAAGGUAAAAAAACCUUCAUCCAACUUCCCAAAGAAGACUGAAAGCCAAAACGGGUUGAAGUGAUGUUUUUAAUCUUAUUCUAGUUCAAAUGUGUCAGAUGUAGUGAAGGCAUUUUACUUUUUCUUUGUAAAAACAAAUGCCUUGGAGAUUUUCUUGUUGCUCAUUGAAUUUGUUUGUGCCAAAGAGCACUGUUAUAUUUUCACAAAAACUAGUUCCAAGAAGCUCUCCAGUUCUUUGGUUUUUCAUUGUCAUUAUCUGUGUUGUAGGGAACUCUACAUUGCCUUAAUAAUAAUUAAUUUUAAUUUUGUUGAGUUACCGUAAUACGAUCAAGCUCUUUCUUCCAGCUGUAACUAAUCCUGUGCUUUCAGAAAUGAAUUCUUCAAAUAAAUGUACAACCAUAGUUUAGAGAGAGAUUCAUCAUCACAGAUCAUUUUGCAUCAUGCCAUCUGUUUUACCUUAAUUUUGUAGGUGAACACAAGGCAACAGUUUGAUUUAACAACUAUUAUAUUUUAUUGUACGAUGAUACGCAGCACAAUAUGCUUUGUUUAAAUAAAAAAACAUUGCUACAAUCAGACUUUACAGUAUAGUUUACAGUGUAUUUAGUACAGUUGAGUCUGGAGAAAAGGAAGCGUACAUUCUGGAAACAUGAGGUGUAAGUUGUGUUGAAUAUAUUAAGAAGCAGCAUUGUGUCAGAAACAGGAGGGUCAUGUUGCUGGAGCCAGAGUUGUAGUCAAGACCACCUAAUCCGAGACCAAGUCAUCACCGAGACAAGAGUGUAUCGAGACCGAGACAUUUUAUCGAGACAAGACCAGUGUGAGUUCCACACUGCGCCACACGAUAAAUGUGAAAAAUGCUAACCAUAGGCACUCCUCAAAUUAAUCUGAAAGAUCCCAGCCGUCUCAGUCAGCGUAACUUUGCAGAAUUCACACACUGUUGUGUGCUUUCUUUACCACAAAAUCUGAAUCUAUCAUCUACAUCUAUCAUCUAUAAUCUAAAAUUUCCCUUGGGAUGAAAU